UUGUGCAGCAGGUGGCGAAACCACUGAGCUAAAUCCCCAGCCCAGGUUAAGUGUUUUAAUCUAUAGGCUCCUCUUCCAUCUCUUUUAUUCAUUACAAUUUAUUCAUUCAAGGGUAAUUGGAUCUGAACAAUUUAGCUCAAAUUGCUUAACUGUAAAAUGGUGCAUAAAAGUCAAAGUUUUUGUGGUAUAGAUGAGUGAGAAAGUUCUAUGAUGAUUUUUAUUUGUAAAUAUGUUUAGAUCUUAUGCCAUUAAGAAAUAUCCAUUCUCCCAAAAUCUGAAAUACAUGAAGUUUAUUUUACUUAUCUGAGAUCUUCAGAGUGAGGAAGGUCUUUAGAAAUAAUAUAAUCCAGUGUUUUGUAAACUUAAAAACUGUAACGUGUGGUAAAACAUCCAGCAGGAUCUACUUCUGCGUCUUGACUCACAACUGAAAACACUGUUCUAGAGCACAGAGUAGUCAGUCAUGGGCAAGGGGACUCAGGGAACCUCUGUGAGGACGGCGACCUGCCACCUCAAACUUCCAGCUGCUCGGGGGCUGGGGUCGGAUAGCCUGGAUUCACGUCCCGGGCCUGCUCUGGGGAGCCAAUGCCAGUUACUUUGUGUCUCUUUCUUAAUCUACAAAAUCAGAACAGUAGUAUCAUUUGCCUCAGAAUGUUAGGAUAAUUCAUUGAAAUGUGUAAACUCCCGAGCAUUGUGGCUGGUAUUGUUAAUUUCUAUUAUUAAUUUUAUUACAAAAGAAAAGUGUUCGUAUAAUGUUUGUAAAGUCCAUUGUCUUUUCCAAAAACAAAAAACUAAGAACAAGAGAAGGAAGUACCGACUAUUUGGAUUGCAACAUCUUACUUUGUUUUGGAGUAUCUGUUUUCUCUCCAACUCCCUUUUCCCUCUCUGCCCUAAAAGUCAGAAUAUUUACACAUUGUUUGGAGAAUUUUGUUAUAUACUUGGAAUAAUUCUUGAGAUUUAGGACAAAACUAUCAGGGUUAAUAACGUUAUUUCUGUGGUAUAUUUUGAAAAAAUGGUAAUAAAACUGCUUAUAUUUUUCUGAUGGGAAUUAUAUUUAGGAUUUACUUUUUUUCUAAUUGGAGAUCUUUGGGUGAGCUGCUGGAAAUGACUGAUUAAAAAUUAAUACCUACAACAUAGAAAUUAAACUAUUAUUAAAUUAAAUUAGAGCGAAUCUAUGACAUUGAAUACAACCACAGGAAAUGACACAAAGUACAUCGACUCACCGACUGAAACUAAAUGAGAAGAGAUGACAUAUUAAAAAAAAAAAACAAAACCCAAAAUCCUAUGUAUUGAUUUAUGGUUAAGUUGAAACUGUCAAGCAGUAUUGCUGAUGUAUGUGUUCUCUUCCUGUGGCUAAGUUGACAUGAACCUGCAUUAUAAUAAGAAGGUUAUUUGAUGAUAAUGGAGUAUAAAGAGACAUUAAAUACCUCCUAGUAAAAUAGACCAUGCUCUUGAAAUAAAAUAAGAGGAAGGAGAAAAAAACAGAGAAAAGGAUUGAAAAUAGUCUUAAUCCAAGAAAAGGAGUUGAAUGGGGCCACGGUGGGCAUGACUAUGGGGAAAUGAUUGUGGGGACUUACGUAUUAUCCUGUGAUUCUCUUGUUUCUUCUGGUACAGAUGCAUUACUGGAGGAACUGGAACGCUCCACCCUCCAGGACAGUGAUGAGUAUUCUAACCCAGCUUCUCCUCCCCUGAGUCAGCAUUCCAAGAUGGACAGAAGCCCCGGCAGGACUCCAAAGGGCCCGCCUGUUCAGGGUGACAGAAGUUCCUCAACGGUGCAGCUUGAACAUACUACCAAUACCCAGGAGCCCAAUAUCCACAGCGAGGUUCAAGAGCCAAAGGAAUCACCAGCCCCUCCUAAAACCCUGGCAGCUGCUCAGCUGGAUGAGCUCAUGGCCCACCUGAGUGACAUGCAGGCUGAGGUUGCAGUGAAAGCAGAUAUCAGCAAGAAACACGUACCAGGCAAGCAGGACCACGGAGUCUCCCUGGACUCGAUGCUUGGGGGUUUGGAGCAGGACCUGCAGGACCUUGGCAUCGCCACUGUGCCCAAGGGCCACUGUGCCUCCUGCCGGAAACCGAUUGCAGGAAAGGUGAUCCAUGCUCUGGGGCAGUCGUGGCACCCGGAGCACUUCGUCUGUACUCACUGCAAAGAAGAGGUCGGCUUCAGGCCCUUCUUCGAGCGGAGCGGCGUGGCCUACUGCCCCGAGGACUACCACCGCCUUUUCUCGCCGCGCUGUGCCUACUGCGCAGCGCCCAUCCGGGACAGAGUGCUGACGGCGAUGGACCAGACCUGGCACCCGGAGCACUUCUUCUGCUCGCACUGCGGGGAGGUGUUCGGCCCGGAAGGCUUCCACGAGAAGGAUAAGAAGCCCUAUUGCCGGAAGGACUUCUUAGCCAUGUUCUCACCCAAGUGCAGUGGCUGCAGCCGCCCAGUGUUGGAGAACUACCUUUCGGCCUUGGACACGGUGUGGCACCCGGAGUGCUUUGUGUGCGGGGACUGCUUCAGCAGUUUCUCCACUGGCUCCUUCUUCGAGCUGGAUGGCCGCCCAUUCUGCGAGCUGCACUACCACCACCGACGGGGAACCCUGUGCCAUGGGUGUGGGCAGCCCAUCACCGGCCGUUGCAUCAGCGCCAUGGGGCACAAGUUCCACCCCGAGCACUUCGUGUGCGCUUUCUGCCUGACGCAGUUGAACAAGGGCAUCUUCCAAGAGCAGAAUGACAAGACCUACUGCCAGCCCUGCUUCAACAAGCUCUUUUCUCUCUAAUUGCAAGUGACCCACAGCCUCUUUAGAUCGUCUAUGAAGCCUGAAUCAAGAGACGAAAAGCACCUCGACUGUUACUGACCUUCCACUUAGUGGGCUCAUAGCACAGGCAGAGGCGGUGAGUGAACAAGGCAGCUUCGAGAUGUUCGUGUGGCCGCAUCGUUGUAUGUGUGAGGCUUCCAGUCUUCUUUUCCGAAGCUUGGACUUGGACUUUGGCCAGCUCCUGCCAUCCAGCCCUUCUGGAGAUGGAUUUUUUGCUUGCACAAUUCAUUCCACCACUGGCUGUUUUCCUUCCCCAUUUUACCUCUACUGAUGGCUUCGCUCAGAUCUCCUUUGGCUCUUGGAAUUGUUCUGCCUCAGCCUUCCCUCAUUUCCCAGCUCAUCUUCACUGCUGUGCUUUUCUCUUUGCUGCAGGGAAUCAUGAUACCACUCUUAAGCUCUGUGUAUCUGCCCUGAGUGUAUUUCUCUUUUGCAAGAGGAAGUAGAUUUUUUGGAUAAAUAAAAUUGCCUGCAGUUGUAA